UUAGGUGGUAAGAAGCUUGAUAAAUACCUACCAGAUGAAGAUUACUUCCAAAAGGGGCUAUACAUGUUCGAUAUUGGUCAAAAUGAUCUUGCUGGUGCAUUUUACUCCAAAACCCUCGACCAAAUUCUUGCCUCGAUACCAACCAUUUUAGCCGAGUUUGAGAACGGAAUUCAGCAACUGUACAAUGAAGGGGCCAGGAAUUUUUGGAUACACAACACAGGUCCCCUAGGAUGCUUAGCUCAGAACGUUGCUAAAUUUGGAACCGACCCAUCAAAGCUCGAUGAAUUUGGAUGCGUCACGUCACACAACCAAGCUGCCAAGCUCUUCAAUCUACAGCUUCAUGCUCUCUGUAAGAAACUGCAGGGCCAAUACACCGAUGGCACGGUCACAUACGUCGAUAUCUACUCGAUAAAAUCCAAUCUCAUCGCCAAUUAUUCACGGCUCGGGUUUGAACAACCUAUCAUGGCUUGCUGUGGCUACGGAGGUCCACCUCUAAACUACGACCGGGAUAUCGGCUGUGGACAGACGAAGACGUUGAAUGGGACGACAGUCACGGGAAAAGGGUGCGACAAUAGCUCGAAGUAUAUCAAUUGGGAUGGAAUUCAUUACUCAGAAGCUGCGAAUCAGUUUGUAUCGUCACAAAUACUCACCGGAAAAUAUUCCGAUCCACCCUUGGACAACAAAUUGGCUUUACCUCUAGAGUUCAAGUUCUAGUGGCCUUGCAUUCAUUACACAACUGAGAUCUGAUAAUGGCUAUGAACAAUGGAUCAUAUGUUUAGACAUGGAAUCAAAUAAUUCAUUAAUAAAAAUAACGAGGCUUUUAAAUAUUUUAAAAAAUAUUGUGAGACCUCAUAUCGGUUGGAGAGGAGAAUGAAACAUUCAUAAGAGUGUGGGAACCUCUCU